CAUCCACACACGAACACACGCUUACCAUCCACACGCACACACGCAGGAGCUUUCAGGCGAGAGUCAGGGUCUCGCUCCGGUUCUGUUAGCAGAACUAUGCGCAAAGCUAAACCGAACUAACGAUAUUCAGGCGGACUGACUUUAAAAGGGAGAAGUGGAAUUCAUAAAAUAAAGAAACACUGACAAGCAAAUCUUUCAGCACAGAGUCAAGGAAAACUGAAAAAGAGAAACCACUGGAGACGAUCAAGUAAGUGAAUAUAACAUUGUUCUCGUUCUCCUGCUUCCACCUCCCUCGCUCCCACCCUGUCAUCGAUGGAUCUAAGAUCGCAUUCGUGGAUUGUUCUGCGUCCGAGAGAAAACACCCAACAAAUCACUGUCCCGCAUCAGCGCACCAGAUCAGAAACGGUGGGUGGGACUGGGAGUGAAUAUCUGUGAUCUCUUCUGUACACUGAACCUAAACAGCGUACCAUUGAUUUACUACAGUGUGCAUAUCCUAAAAUCUGGAUCGCGUACUCGACUUACUGGUUCAUAGUGUUAAUCUUAUCUGGAGAUUUUUUUUUGUUCCUUAAAAAAUAUAAUAAUGUUUUAUAAGCAUGUUUUUAAAUGUCAGAUAACGACGGGACUUGCUGAACUUCGCGUUCUGUGACUCGAGGAGCCGAGAGCGAAUCGACUGCCUCGACAGGUUUGUUUGUCAACACAGAGAACUACGCGGCUGCAUCUGGAGACAGCAGGAGGGACGGGGGACGCAGCUGUGACGCGUUUCUUGCACAAUAACCACGGGCUGGCGAGUUCUCCACGCAGUCAAGGAUCAUACAGGAGCCCUUAGAAUGAGAAAAAAACACGAGUGAAAAUGAGAUAUUUUGGCGAUUGGGUCAUAUGACGCGACUGCCUGUCUCCUGCUAGCUGUGUGUGUUUUAAAUAUGUUGCAUUCAGAGGAAGUUGGCGUAUCGGUGCUUGCCAAACGAAGAUAACCCUUUAAAGAAAGUGAGGUAUGUGCUGUGACAGGAAAAGACUAACAUAAAAACAAACAAUAUGAAAAAAAGACCGACAACCUGCAUGAAGUGAAGUGAAACCGCAGUCGCCGCGCUGAAUAGGAAACCCAGUUGACGGGCUAUUUUGAUGGCACAAGACGUGACACAUAAGACCUGUUGCCGGUUUGCUAAAUAUGAGCACGGCAAGGCAUUUAAUAAAGAUGCGGCGCUGGUUUGGAUUACAAGUUUAAUGACGUGCUUAUAAUGUAUCUUCAUUUCAAACCGCUGUGGCUAUAAUAACAUUUUUUUUUUUUUUUACUGAAAACGAAUUUUUUUGCCAGUUCUCGCCACCACACGAACUAUUGUUUAAAACUUACACAGUUUAAAGAUAUACUAUUUAUAUAUACUUUUGAUAAUUAAAAAAAAAAAAAAAAAGUUUGUAUGAAGGUUGAGGCGCUGGAGCGCGUUGCUCUCGGUGGAUUUUUCUCUCACCAUGGGCACAAAACAAACCAAAGCCAGCGGCCAGCAAGCUUCUGAAACCGGGGACAGCCCUCCGCACGGCCAGGGCUCUCGGAAGAGAACGCCCACAAAGGAGCGAGGGGGGGACAUGUUCGCUUCUUUCAUGCUAAAAUCCGGGGACAAGUUCGGCAAGAGCGGGACACCCCCACCUUACCAGAGGCGCAUUGGUAUGAUCCAGGAGAUGAUGAUUCUCGCCAAGCAAGGCAAGCAGGACGAGACCACGGAGCUUUUCAAAAACUUACGACAGGAUUUAGGGAUGGAGUCGACCUCUCUGGACGAUGUCCUGUAUCGGUACGCCAGCUUCCGAAACCUGGUGGACCCCAUCACCCACGACCUCAUCCUCAGCUUGGCACGCUACAUCCACUGCCCCAAAACGGAAGGGGACUCUUUGGGUGCAAUGGAGAAGGUGUGCCGCCAGCUUACCUACCACCUGAGCCCGCACUCGCAGUGGAGACGCCAGGGGCUGAUGAAACGCAAGCCCCAGGCCUGCCUGAAAGCUGUCCUCUCCAGCCCCCCCCACAACAACACCUUGGACCUGUCCGGGAUCCCCCUGACCGUGAAGGACAUGGACCGGCUCAUCUCGUACCUGCAGCAGAACGCCAGGCUGGUCACCAGCGUGGAGCUGUGCUUCACAGAGCUGACAGACGAAGCCUUCCUCCAGCUGCUCCCCACGCUCAGCGCCCUGCCUCUGCUCAACACCCUCUCGGUCAACGGGAACUGGCUCACCAAGGCCGUCCUGCGAGACAUCAUCGACACCCUCAAAGACCUGGAGAUGUUCCCCAGCAUCACGUGGAUCGACCUGGGCAACAACGUGGACAUCUUCUCCCUGCCGCAGCCCUUCCUGGUCAGCCUGCGGAAACGGUGCCCCAAGCAAGGGAACCUGCCCACCAUCAUGGAGUUCGGGGAGAGCCAAGUGAGCGACCUGGAGAACCAUGAUGGGAACCACUCCGAGAGCCUGGGUGAUCUGGAUUCAGAGGAGGAGGACCUGAGGGAGAACAGCCUGCUGUUCGCUGGCCAAUCGGAGACGGACUCCGUGGAGAAGUGCAUCAGCAGUGUUGAAACAGGCGAUCACAUGACUGCGUUGGCAGCCAAUCAGACAUGAGAGGACCUAGGACUCCUGGGUCACGUUUUUUUUUUUCUUCUCUCUUUCCUGCGUGUUACCUUGUGUCUUGUGACGUCCGCACGCAACGCGCCAGCCCAUAACCUGAAAGUCACGGUAACGCUGGGCAAGAAGAGAGGCUAUCAAAAAAGGAAGUGAAGUUAAGAAGAAACAAGCCAAAAAAAAUUCUGGAUAUGACAAGAUAAAAAUUAUUUUAUAUACAACUAAAUUGUAAGCUAAAAUGUGGGUUUGGUAGCUUGGCUUAUGGUACUCUGUCUCUGUGCUCUUGCAUGUUUUUAUAUUGUAUGUGAGAAUUUAUUUGUGAUCUGUUUUAGAGCAGAGGAUGCCUGUCUCCCAAUGCCUUGUGUAAUGAAGACGUGCCAUAUCACCCCAAAGACAGCAGCGACUGCACUGCUAAUGGAUUGCUGGACUGUUGACUUAGCAGGAGAACCAUGUGCAAUCCAACAUGAUCUAUAUAAGAUAUUUUUGUAAUGCGAAUGUAAGGCUUCUUUAUCCUGAAGCUCCAGGAGCAAAAAAGCAGGUUUGAUUUUACACCUUUUGAGUCGGAGGAAUGUGGAAAAUUGCAACUGUUGUCAAUUGUAACGUGUGUGUGUGUGUACGUUUUUAAAAGAUUCAAUUUCUAAGUUUUUAUACUGCAUAAAACGUUUUUUUUGUAGGUGUUCCCCAUUGCUUGUGUUGGUUUUUGUCUGCCUUGCCUGGAUUCAAAGUUUCUGAAGUGCUCAGUACAAAGUACAGCCGUGAUUAGAGCUACAAGACAGGAGAUCCUGGGUUUGAAGUGAAACAGGGUGUAUGUGAGCCGUCCGCUAAGAAGGCAGCCACAGCACUGAGCUCCACUACAGUGUCGUGUGAGCACAGGAUCUGGGACCAGGCCAGACACUCUUCAAAGGAAGAAGAUUUCCUGGAGUGCGCUGAACUUUCACAAACCCUCUUUACUUCUCUCUUAUAUAGAGGCCUUUGUAAUUCAUUUGUUUUGUAUCAGCCAGACUAGCGAAUGGCUUCCAGUGCUGUGUCAGUGAGCAGAGGGCCAGCGCUGCUGUACAGAGCUCUUUCCUGCUUGUUUUGUGGUCUUGCUCUCCGCUGUUUCAUUUGUGCUUUUUGGGUUCAAGGCAUGUGGAUUUUCCGACACAGCCGAUUUCAGUAUGCAGUGAAUACAACGGACAGUUGCAAAUAUUUCUUUCUGUUUCAUGUUCUGUCGCUUGCCCCCCGAAUCCAUUUUUCCUGCUGAAAACCACAUUGAGCUUUUCGUCUCUGAAAGGUCCGAGCCAUUGAGAUGCAGAACCCAUCCACAGUACCAACUACCCAGAUGCUGUUUUAUGUUAGAUUCUCAUGCUGAGAUAAGUAGGAAUGCCAGCAGGCGAUCCUCCUUAGUCCCCAUCCAGUUCCAGUCCCAUUUGAACUGCCAGUAGUGUUUACGAACAUUGAUGACAUGUCACAGAGCUGUCUCAUUCAAACGCAAGAGUUAUAGGAUAGGUCUGUUGUGCAGUGUCUGAAUUAUAAGGGAUUGUAUUGUCAAAGCUUGUUAAAUUUACACCUGUUUCUUUUUUUCUAAAAAGAAAACUAAAUGUUGUUGUUAUAAAAACUUCAAGUUUCAAUGACUAGCUCCUACAUGGCUGGUUUCAUGUACCUCUCUGAAUAGCGCUAAUCUUCAAUUGCCAUACCUUAGCUAAGUAACAUUAGGCAAGUCUAAAAUGAUUAGAGUCUGUGAAACCAGACGAGAAAUGUCAUGAACAAGAUAUAAAAUAGCUUUUUUUUUUUUUUUUGACAUUCUCUGACUUUUUCUUCAGAAGAAUAUUUCACUUGCUUAGCUAGCGGAGAGCCAUUUCAAAUUAAGAAAUUGAACCCUUUUUUAUUUGCAGCGAGAACAGAUAAUUCUUUGAAGUAUCACAACGCAAAUACGACUCUAACUCAGUCCAACGAUAUCAGAGUUAAACUCUAAUUUCUUUUGCACUCGUAGACGACAGUGCACCCCCCUCCCCUCUACUGUAAAAGUACAGCAUGCACAGCCAGUCAGAUCAGCUAUGCUGUUCUUUCCGGGUACAGUAGCGCCCUCUUGUGGCUGGUCGGUUAGCACAUUCCUUUUUGUCAUGUCUGAUUGGUGCAAUGCUAAUCUCUGCAAUAGUGCUGCCUGGAACUGCAGGUAGAGAGAGCAUGUACAGUUUAUACAAUACUGCAUCUUCACUGCCACUUUCUAAUGCUAUUGCCCUGAAAAAUAGGAUUGUGUGAAAAACAAAUACAUUGUCCGUUUUGUAUGUUAUAAACUGUUUUAGAGGGAAAUUAUAUAUAAUCAUUAAUAAAAAUAACAAUUAUAAUAAUUAAAAGCCAUCUGUGUUAUUAAAUGCAGACUUUGGAAUGACAAACUUUGGCUUGCUGUCAUGAAGAAUAAAUAAUCAAA